GGACAGAAUAGCACUACUUAGUGACUAGGAGCGGAGCGCCCCUUUCUUGUUCUUGGUGGCGUCUAUAGCGAAGAAGACCUUCCCGAACGAGGGCCGUCCAGUCCCUGGGCGGCUCUCGGUUCUUGAGCAAGCUCCUCCACUGCGGGUAGGAUGCUCAUAGAUGAAGAAAAGAGACUUUAGGCAAGUGGUUCUGGUAGCUCAGCUGGUUAGAGCAAAGGACUUAAAAUCCUUUUUUGCUUGUUUCAGUGGGAAGAGCAAGGGGCAUUGCCCUUGAAAUCCUUCAGUGGUUCGAAUCCACAUCUGAGCGUCUUUUUUUUUCGGUAUGCCGCUCCGCGAGCAAGGAGCGCCGCGAGGAGAGCGAGAGAACGAAGUGGGCUUUGGUGAUGUCGGAAUUUGCACCUAUUUGUAUCUAUUUAGUGAUCAGUCCGCUAGUUUCUUUGAUUCCACUCGGUGUUCCUUUUCCAUUUGCUUCCAAUAGUUCGACCUAUCCAGAAAAAUUGUCGGCCUACGAAUGUGGUUCCGAUCCCUCCGGUGAUGCCAGAAGUCGUUUCGAUAUACGAUUUUAUCCGGUUCCUAUUUUAUUUAUUAUCCCUGACCCGGAAGUCACCUUUUCUUUUCCUUGGGCAGUACCUCCUAACAAGAUUGAUCUGUUUGGAUCUUGGUCCAUGAUGGCCUUUUUAUUGAUUUUGACGAUUGGAUCUCUCUAUGAAUGGAAAAGGGGUGCUUCGGAUCGGGAGUAACCACUAGUGAAAGGGCUAAGGGGGGAAGGACAUAGGAAAGAGGGAUGCCUACAAAAAAUCAAUUGAUUCGUCAUGGUAGAGAAGAAAAACGGCGCACGGACCGUACUCGAGCUUCGGAUCAAUGUCCCCAGAAGCAAGGAGUAUGCCUGCGUGUUUCGACGAGAACACCGAAAAAACCUAAUUCAGCUCUACGUAAGAUAGCAAAAGUACGGUUGAGCAAUCGACAUGAUAUAUUUGCUCACAUUCCAGGCGAAGGUCAUAAUUCGCAGGAACAUUCUAUAGUCUUAGUCAGAGGGGGUAGAGUGAAAGAUUCGCCAGGUGUGAAAUCCCAUCGUAUUCGAGGAGUAAAGGAUUUGCUGGGAAUUCCGGAUCGUAGAAAGGGAAGAUCUAAAUAUGGCGCAGAAAGACCAAAAUCUAAAUGAAUGGAAGAUGCCUCUGGAAC